ACGCGGUUCUACGUAAACCUAUCUCUACGGCACAUCUUGGGCUGUGUUUGUGUUGCCUGGCAACGGCUGCAAUGCCAAUAAAACGGCUUCCCAGGACAUGGGUGAUGUCUCGCGUUUGGUUUCCUCGGGUAAACAUAAUGAUGUCAUCUGGCUACAUAUGUCCAGGUAAUGAAAUGUGAGUAAGGACUAAGGAGCCGAUCGAAAGGACCAUAUGAGGGCGAGGAGGCAAUGGCACAAACGGGCAAACCGCCUACGAAUGGCUUGAUUUCAGAAGUAGACCCUGAGAAUGACCUGGUUGAUCUAUAUGCAACCUUUGACAAAUUCGAAGAAGCAUUAAGAUCUACCAAACAAAGACGUUCCAGACAUCUGUUAUCCGUCGGUGACGGUCGGUCAGAAUUCCGGACAUUCGUUAUCCGAAUGGUAUAUGAUGUUGGAAAUACAAGACCUAAUCGAUUACAUGACCAAAAACUGGUUCGACUGCCGGCAUAUGUGGAGUUUGGCGUACAGACACGGCUUCCGUUUGUUGGGGAAUAACACUAAUAACUUCGUGGAAGCAUUUUUUCGGACAGUGAAAGCUUUCAAAAUUACCGCCGACGAUGCCAUCCUCAUUAGAUCCAAGUUAGCAGAUUCCGACAUCGAAAAUGUGGGGUUAUCGGGAUCACAGCUGUUCAGUUUUGACGGUGGCGACAUCGACGAAGACAAAUGUUUUGUCUCUGGAUCGGACGAGCUACUUACACGCUUGUCAUACGAUGUCUACAGCCUGCGGUCAUGCGAUGCGGAUGUCUACGACAAGGUUGCCAUUGUCCUGCACGAUAUGGCAGGUGUCGAAAUUCCUCCUUUCGUGCUCCAAAUUCUCAAGAUUUCCCGGCAAGAUGCCAUUGAACGAAAUUUUGAUCGUGCGCAGCGACUGAACUUCGAAAUUGAUAAUAAAAUCCUCAAAUGCCUCCAAGCCAUGCAUCGAGCCCAAAUGUGUGAUCGAGUGCGCGGGUUCGACAGCAAGCUGGGUAAAGUCCUUAGCAUUAUUUACCGGCAUUUUACUGACGGUGCCAGAGAAAUUUCCGAAGAAGCUGUGGAGGACUUAAUCCCGGAUUGGCCAAAUACUGUUUGUAUGUUGCCGGCAAAGGAGUUCGUUCCCUUCACAUCCUUCGAUGACAAGAAACAGAAGCUGCGCACGGAUCUGCAACCGCAACAAUUAUCUAAACUCUCCUUGCGGUUUGAAAACUUUGUCCCACGAAAAGACAGCGGUACAAUUAGUCACGCCGGCACCGAAAACAGCGUUGUACCUACCAGCAGUCGCACCAGGAAUGCGGCGGUGACAGGUGAUGCAGUUGUUCCAGAGGAGGUGAAUUUGUCAGCACUGGCAAAAAAGGAGGGGGUAGAAUACGGAAUGAUGUUCGAUUUUUAUGCUCCAGAAAAGAGAAUUUUUAGUGUUUACAUGCAUCCCAAUAUGGAUUAUACAACGGAACCGAAGGAAACCCCGGUUGAUCCCGACAAUGUUGCUGUAAUUGAGGAGAAAGAUCCGGAUAACCCCAGUCCCCUAUGGAAGCAAGUGAAGCGAGCUGCUACUCACAUCACACGAUCGUUGCGGGGUAAUCCAAAAUAUUUUGUUAGUCCGCAAGAUUUGCAGACGUAAAACGGUCCUCUACUGUUGUUCAUUUAAGCCUUCUUUUCGAAGAGCGUAUUCGGGGAAUCACGUUUACAUUUUUCAUAUUUAAUCGUUACUGAACUGCAGUACUGUAUUGUUGAUCAUGUUUUGUUCAUGUUUGUUUGGUACUGGGGACUGUGCAUAAAUACUGCAUGAUUGUUUUCAUAAAAGCAGGACCGACACCAGGGAGUCGGUCCUGAUUCAAAUGAAGCUGAAGGGAAAAGCGGUAAACCUGUUAGGAAAA